GGGAGGGGCGAGCGGUUACUCACUCCAUGGCUGUGGAACAGAGAGGCGGCGGCGGCCUCCGCUGAAGAAAGAAGGCGGUAGCGAAGAGCGCAAGCGCGGAAGAAAACAGAUGCGCUUCUUUGCCAGUGCAGACAAAUGGCCUCUGCUUAAGGUUCCUCUUCAUUAAUUAGUACGAAGACAGCCAAUGUGGUGACUAAAUUUGGAAUCAGUGGCUUUUAAAGGACCCUGGCACCUUUAAUCUAACAGGAAUCAGGACAAAGCCACCAUCAUUCACCCCGUUUCCGCACACGCCCGAAGAUGACUUCUGUCCCGGGCUAACCAGAAAGGCCAUGGGCACUGAGAGGGCCCCCCAGAGCCAGCUGUGCAACACCAUCUCCCGCAGAGAGUUAUGGCCUCGUCGGCCCGGUACUUGCUUGUCCUGAUCUCCAUCUUCUUCAGCCUGGUGGCCUCCCUGGACUGGAAGACUUCCCAUAGCCAGGAUCCCUUUGAGAAAUGUAUGCAUGAUCCUGACUAUGAGGUGCUGCUCAAGGUUGUGACCUUGGGCCUCAAUCGAACCUCAAAGCCCCAGAGGGUGAUUGUGGUUGGUGCCGGUGUGGCUGGGCUGGUAGCUGCCAAGGUGCUCAGUGAUGCCGGACACAAGGUCACCAUCCUGGAGGCAGACAACAGGAUCGGAGGCCGCAUCCUCACCUACCGGGACCGGAAGACAGGCUGGAUUGGGGAGCUGGGAGCCAUGCGCAUGCCCAGCUCGCACAGGAUCCUCCACGAGCUCUGCAAGAGUCUGGGACUCAACCUGACCAAAUUCACUCAGUAUGAUGAGAACACGUGGGUAGAGGUCAACAACCUGAAGCUGCGCAACUAUGUGGUGGAGAAGAUGCCAGAGAAGCUGGGCUACAAGCUGCGCCCCAGGGAGAAGGGCCACUCGCCCGAAGAAAUCUAUCAGAUGGCUCUCAACCAGGCCCUCAAAGAUCUCAAGAAACUGGGCUGCAGAAAGGCAAUGAAGAAGUUUGAAAGGCACACGCUCCUGGAAUACCUCCUCGGGGAGGGGAACUUGAGCCAGCCGGCCGUUCGGCUCCUGGGAGACGUGAUGGCCAAGGACGGCUUCUUCUAUCUCAGCUUCGCGGAGGCCCUAAGGGCCCACAGCUGCCUCAGCGACCGGCUCCGGUACAGCCGCAUCGUGGGCGGCUGGGACCUGCUGCCGCGCGCGCUGCUGAGCUCGCUGUCGGGGCCAGUGUUGCUGCACGCGCCUGUCGUGGCGAUAACGCAGGGGGCGCACGAUGUGCGCGUGCACGUCGCGAGCUCGCGCGGGGCCCGGAGUCUGAAGGCCAUGACCGCGGAUGUGGUGCUGCUCACCGCGAGCGGGCCGGCGCUACAGCGCAUCGCCUUCUCGCCGCCGCUGACGCGCAGGGGGCAGGAGGCGCUGCGCGCGCUGCACUACGUGCCGGCCACCAAGGUGUUCCUGAGCUUCCGCCGGCCCUUUUGGCACGACGAGCACAUCGAGGGCGGCCACUCGAACACCGCCCGCCCGUCGCGCGUGAUAUUCUACCCGCCGCCGGGAGAGGGCGCGCUGCUUCUGGCUUCGUACACGUGGUCGGACGCGGCCACCGCCUUCGCCGGCCUGAGCCAGGAGGAGGCGAUGCGCGUGGCGCUCGACGACGUGGCGGCGCUGCACGGGACGAUCGUGUACCGGCUCUGGGACGGCAGCGGCACAAUCAAACGCUGGGCCGAGGACCCACACAGCCAGGGCGGCUUCGUGGUGCAGCCGCCGACGCCCUGGCAAGACGGAGGGGACGACGGGCAGGACUACGACUGGUCAGUCCCCUACGGCCGCAUCUACUUCGCCGGUGAGCACACGGCCUACCCGCACGGCUGGGUGGAGACUGCUGUCAAGUCGGCGCUGCGCGCGGCCGUGUUAAUCAACAGCCGCGAAGGGCACAGCUGCGAGGGGCACACGCUGGUCAACGAGGAGGGGCUCGUGCGCCAGGUGCCCAGCCGUCCCCGGUGCGAGUUCCAAAAGGCUGGUGCCACCCACGCUCCGGCCCCACAUGGGAUGACCGCUCAGCACACCAAGAGACCCGAGCAUUAAAAAUGUAUUUUCAGAAAAA